AUGGAGACCUGCCAGGUGUCCAGGAGCCCCCGAGAGCGGCUGCUGCUGCUUUUGCUGCUGCUGCUGCUUGUGCCCUGGGGCACUGGCCCUGCCUCAGGAGUUGCAUUGCCCCUUGCUGGUGUGUUCAGCCUCCGCGCCAACAGCCGGGCCUGGGCGGAUUUGGGUACCCCGCUGUCUCGGCGCAGCCUGGCGCUGGCAGACGACGCGGCGUUUCGGGAGCGCGCGCGUCUGCUGGCCGCUUUGGAGCGCCGCCGCUGGCUGGACUCCUACAUGCAGAAGCUGUUGCUACCGGACGCGCCCUGA